AAGAGAGCCAACGGUCAGCCUUGGACUCUUAGCAAGCUAAUUUACUCCAACCUUUCCUGCUUUUGUUGCAGGUGUCCGUUCGAUGGACUCUUCCAUUCGCUUUCUGUAGCGACUCCGCCUUGUGUGCAACUGUCCGCAUCUUAUUCCGGCCCCUUCGUUGUCGUGCCGCUCCGACCUCCGCUCCCCACAUGUCUCGCGCUCCGGCCGUAUCCAUCGACGACGACGACUCACGGCCUACCACCAUCGCCUCCGGCUUCGCCUAUUACGCGCAGUCGCACUCACUCGUUGUCGCCCCAAGUCGCGUCGCUGUCUUCCUUCUCGCAGGAUGGCGACAGCAAUCUCCAAACCUUCCUCGCAUCCCCCUAAGAUGAAACGACCUCCCCCGCCUUUUGUUCAGACCGGAAUGAAUGGUGUGAAGCCCCAACAACCCCCAACAUCUCCUCCGUCUUCCGCAAAGCACCUUCCAGGCUCUGCAACAACCUCUGCUACAGGCUCCGCGAACGCAUCCAUGGUGAACGGCGCCAAUGGCACGGCCAAUGCGGGCGCAACGUCUAGCAAAGGCCCCCAGAACCGAACGAAGAAAGAGGCGCAAAAGGCCGGCGAACAGGCUGGGCGACUACAAAAGUCAUUCUCAAGGGCCUCGUCAAUCGAUAGUGAUCGCCGACUAGGAAAGCGCUGUCCCGUGCCUUUUGUCAAAACCACGUCAUAUAUCCUGAAGAAGUUCUCCAAGCAGCCCCCUUCUCUUAUUCUCCACCUUCAUCCGACCCACUUCCGCUUUGAGCAGCAAGAUGGGAGCUUUCCUUAUAAUUCGGAGAUGAAGGUCAUCAUCGAGCAUAUCCGUUCCCAGACUGUUCCGCAUGACAUGAUGGAGGAGCUACUGCGGGCUAAUGUUCGGUUCUACGAAGGCUGUCUCAUUGUUCGCGUAGUGGAUCACAAAUCGGUCUCGCAGCAAACGCGGAAAUCAAGUGUGCCCUCAUCGAAUGACAGCAAUACUCCCUUUUCUAUACAUAACUAUAACGAGCACGUCACACCGUCCGCUUAUGUACCAUAUCCGAAGCUGAAUCAGUUGACCUCGGAGAAACCCGCUGCAAAGGAAACGACGUCUGAGAGUCAGCCGGAAGUCAAGGCGGGCAGUGAGCAGCCUGGUAACUCGGACUCUCAAACUUCACACAAUGAAUCGAAAGUUGCACAAUCCAAACAGCCUUCCAAGCCCCGGGUUUUUACUACCGUCUUGCAUCCUACACCGCGUUCACUUCAGGCCGAGCUGACUCUUCUCGCUACUACACCCGACCCGAAAGCAGCCAAGCAGACUGCAGCGGCUUCGGCAUCCCGCCCGCAAGGGUCUUCUUCCGCCGCACCCUCUCCAGGAGCAGCCGCCAACCCGCAGCAGGAUCGCAUGCCGCCAGCGAAAAGACAGAAGAUGCUUGUAGAACCACAGGAUCUUUUGGAAUGUGAAGCCAGGUUGACGAGGGCAAUGGCCCCACCGCUCUACCUUGAGUCCGUCAGUAGCCUCGAUGGAGUACACGAUUUGUUGAAGCACAUGGAGAGUCCCCUCCAUUGCGAUCCACCGCCGUCACCCAAGCGAAGAAAGAGGACUGUGGCCGAACUUGCCGCUGACGAAGCUCUGGCAGCCGAGGAAGAGCGUUUCAUGCUGAUCAUGGAUGAGCGUCUAGAGCCAGCUACUUCGAAUGGUGUCGGUGGGCCGAAAUCAGCCGUGGUUGACGACACCGGGGGUGGUGCGCCGUUCGAACCGCGCUUCUCGAGAUUCAAGACUCUUGAAAACAUCCGCUUGCAGCAUGAGGAGAAGGCGAAGCGAGAACAUGAGAUCAAGAUCAAGCAGGAUCUGGCCAAGCGGCAGCAACAGGAGCAAGAGAGAGAGAGACGCCGUCUUGCUGAACAACGACAAGCCGAAGAGCUUGCUAAGGAAGAGACUCGAAGACAACAGCUCGCCGCGCAGCAAGCUCAGGCUCAGCUGGCAGCGCAACAGCAGACUCGACACGCCAUUGCUCAGCAGAAUGGGGUCAGUCAAGCGCCACAGUCGUCUCCUGUCGUUCGCAAUCAAACUCCUCAGCACAUUUCAUCGCCGGUCGUUGGCGCCACAAGGACUACGCAAGCUGGGGUUCCUAUGAGCAUGACUUCUUCUAUGCAGGGAGCUGGAAGCCCUCCGAGACCGCCAUCGGCGAUGCAGCACGCGCAUCCCGUCAUGGGUCAUCCGAUGGCGCCUUCAAGGAGUCAGCAAGGACAGAGCCGCCAUGGCACACCACAAAUGACCCAGGGUACACCCGCCAUGUCUCAUGCCACGCCAAUCAUGCGAAACGUAACACCGACACAGCGGAUGAGCCACGCCAGCCCGAGCCACUCGACAAUGGCACCUACGCCAAUUCUGAACCAGGCUACCAUGAUGGCGACCCCGCAAAUGAGCAACGGGAUGGCUCUCACACCCCAGCAGCAACAACAGAUGCUCAUGCAGCAACGGAAUCAACUCCUCGCCCAGCAAGGAAUGCUUCAUGGCCAAUUCUCACCCAAGGUGACUCAGAUGCAAGCGAAUGCACAUGCACAGCAGAAUAUUCAGGCCCAUCAGCAGCAACAGCAGCAGCAGAUGCAAAUGCAUCUACAACAACAACAGCAGCCACAGCAACAACCAGGCCAGCAAGCCAAGUUCCCCAACCCUCAAGCCUACCAAACUCAGUUGAUGCGUGCACAGCUUGCGCAGAUGCAAUUGGCUCAACAGCAGCAACAGCAGUCGCAAGGUCAACAAGCUCAAGGCCAGCAGGGACAAAUGCAUCAGAACGGCUCGCAAAUGAAUCCUCAACAACAGCAAAUGCUGAUGGCAGCGGCACAGGCCAACGGAGGUCAUCUACCGCAGAACAUGCAAGGUGUGAACAUGACUCAGGGUGUGACCAUCGCCCAGCGAUACAACCAGUUAUACCAUGGACGCUUGCAGCGGUUAAGACAAGAAAUGGCCAGCCGGUUGAUGCCUCAGUAUGGACCGCCAGCCUCGUAUCCUCCGCAAGUUGCACAACAGUAUCAAGCUGGGCUUGAACGCAAUGCCAAACUUUGGGUUCAGGAAUUGAUGCGUCGAGAGCGGGAGCAAGCCCAGCAGCGUGCUUCUCAUGCGGCCGCCGUUCAAGCUCAAGUGAUGCAACAGCAACAGCAGCAGAAUAUGAUGCAAAACGGCAUGAAAUAGCUGCGGGGUUGUCGGAGUGCAGAGCAAGCUCUCCUCAUUCCACGUUUUCUAUUCUCUCUUUCAAGCGAACAAGUGUGACAGCACUUGUCCCUUAACUUCUCUUCAUUCUCUUCUCCAUUUUGUCUCGAUCUCACAUAUUUGGACCUCUAACUACUACACGAUACCAACCUGCGACACUACGUUUCUCCACACUACUACAUCCCAACCACCGCUUAUCUCGAGGCCUUCUGGUCCAAAUAUGUCGAGUAUCGCUCUUCAUUACCUUCAUACCCAUUUACCUACUUACUUGC